AUGCGGUGGGUCAGUAGCACCGGCGCCGGCAUUCUGUCUUUCUAUUCUUUGGGGGAUGGCGUGCAGCAUGUGCUUCCAUACCUGGCCGAAGAGGUAAAGGAGGAAGAAGCUUCAGCCUCCUAUCGGCCUAAACCAGCGGCCACAGCUGACGAGAUUGCUUCAUUCACAGCGCACCGUCACUCACCUUCCGCUUCGCCGCAGGCCUGCAGUGGGCAUUCGACCUCCCGGUUACAGCCGGUCCAACCACCCAGUCAUGACGACACUCGUCCACCCUGGGAGGAGGGAAACGCGUUUUCGCCUGCGCGCCCGAACGCAGCAUGCGCCGAACCACCGGGAGACGCCGGUACGUUGGGGAGCCGUGGCUCUGCGAGAAACUGGGGCGACGCACCUGUCUCGGCAGCGACAGAGCACGUGAAUGUCCAGAAGACUUCCAGUCUCGGCUAUAUCACGGCUUGCAUCUUUAGCGGAGGAUGGGGUGGAUAUGAUGAGAGCGAAGUGACGUUUGGAACCACGGAAGAGGAUCGGCCUUCUGUCGCGGCAGCGUCGGGCGAGUGCUCGUGCGCGGCUGUGCGGCAGUUCUUUUCUUCCGACCGUCUGUUGCUGGCGUUGGACAAAGGCGGCAACGGUGUUGUUUCGCACUGGUCGUCGGUAGGUGCGGAGGAAGGCGACGCUAGUGGAGGAUCGCAGGAGAGUCCCGCCGGUGACGGCGACUGUCCCCCGUCUUCCUUCUUCUCUCUGAACCUGCCGAUACACCGCUCUGAGAGCAACCCGAUCAUCACGCCUCUUCUGUCUGUUGUUCCGGCCACCACAGGCAACACCCGUCUUCUCUCGGUCUACGACCUUGUCACGUCUUCCUUCGUGUUCUACGCGAGGCCUCCUGCAGGCGAGCCCACAGACUGCGAAACGCGGAGCGCGUGGAGUUCGGUGUCUCCUGCUCGUCUGACUCCGAAUUACGCCUCGUUUCCUGAUGUGCCGCUGGACCCGGCCGGCUCUCCGGACGUGGUCCGCGAGUGGAACGUUGGCAGCCGAAAGCGGAAAAUGUGGAUGCAUGCAGCGGGUGGCUCUUGGGGAAGGGCGCGCGCAUAUGCAUGCUCUGCCGCGUUGCCUGUCACGUCACCUCUCUGCAUCUCGGGAACGGCUUGGCUGCCUAACCUGCAUCCUCUGCUUCUCGCAGCCUCCAGCACAGACGGCAUGCUUCUUUUCUAUGACCUCCGUGCGUCGCCUCACCCCUUUUUCGUUGCCCAGCGGCCCGAGUCUGCCUCGUGGGCGUCUUCCGUUGCCUCGUCGACUUCAACUGGCCACUCAGGGUCGAGAAGAAGGAACCUAAAUCCGACUUCCCCGCCAAACGGCAGUGCACCGGGAAAGCACGCGUCUGCCGAUGCUUCACCUAACUGGCUUCCAUCCUCUGGCGGUGCUACUUCUCCCGCGUCCUCUGCGGCGAGUGCCCAGGCGAGACCGUCUCGCCAACAUGCGCGACCCUUUUCUUUUCUCACCACUGUCCCCUGGCUCACCUCGGCGUCCGUGCCUCACGACGGCGUUAUUCUUCCUUGCGUCUGUGGCUGUUGUCGGGGCCGCGCUGCUUCACUCCAAGGUUCCGACGCCGGAGAAUCUCCGUUGUGUUCCCUCGCGUCUUCGUCUUCGCUUGGCACGGGACAGUCCCAGGUCGACACCAACCAGGAAGGGAGGGCGCACCAGAAGACUGAAGGGGGUAGACGAACAGUUGGAGACAGAGACGGCGAGCCGCCGCAUCCGACAGUUAGGGAAGAACAAAAGGGUGGUCUCGGUCAGCGCAGAGGAUCCACACCUUCGUUUUCAGCUGACCCGCUGGCUGGGGAGGGCGAACAAGGCAAAGGACAAGAGCAGGGACGUGGAGACUGUUUGGAAGGCGUGGAAUCCCCUAUGGCCGGUCCGUCCGAGCCACUGUUUCGUCAAGGGGCAGAGUCAGUGUCCAUUUUUACCGGCUGCGAUGCGUCAAUUGUCCUCAAACCCCGCAACUGUCGGCGACCUCGGCCAACAAAAAGAAAGAGAAGCGAUCUGCCGGCGGAUCCCGCGUCUGGACCACGAGAGCCUUCUUCGCUUCUUGGUCCAGCCCCGCGAACGUGCUCGGUUCCGCUGGGCGAAGAAGAGAGCCGACGGGAGACGCGGCGCGACAGUGCAUCGCCAAACAGUCGGGCUGAUCCAGCGAGUGGGGAUGAGCGCGGGGACGCCCGGCGAAGUCGCGCUGACGGCUCAGCUGAAGCGAAUGGAAUACAGGAGACAGGACCACAGAAGAAGAGCAACGACCGGAGGGGACACUCUUCGCUCGCUGCCCGGACCAGCAGCAUGGCGGCGAACGGUGGGUUGACCCUCCGACUCCGUCUCUCUCCCUCGAGCCAGACACCCAGGAACGUCGAGGGUUCUGUUGAGGAACAACACCGAGUGGCGACAGGUCAGAGGAAGACGAGUUCGCCAGGUCCUGUUACAGAGCGGCGUAAGGGCGGAAAAGGGUGGAAAACGCGGUGGUUUUCACAGGAACAGCGACUGUUUAUGCGCUUCGCAACAAAAGACAUUCUCAGUCAACGCAAGAGGGAACCAUGCAGCUGCGUCCCGUCACUCACCGCAAACUCUCCUGGAGCAGCUGUCGCACCGGAUCCUUCCCCCGCCGUUUCUGGUCUCUGUGGUCGGCUGCCUCUCAACUCCACAGAGAAAGGCUCGGAGGAAGAAAGAGAAGAGCAGGCGGGUCUGGCUCGUCGCUCUGAAACUUCGUCGCUCAGCAGCUGUGAACGCGAUCCACACCGGCGGUCCUCAGCCCAGCCAGCAGUCUGUUCGAGUGUCUCGGGUUCUCCACUUGACGACGUUCUGCUUCCUGGGUUAUGUCCAGUGUCCACCAAGCGUCCAGGGCCAAGAGUCUCUCUCCUUGAUUUGGCUGCCGAUCUCCUGCGGAUUUCAAGCUCACCAUCUUCAGUAUUCACUUCCUUUCCCUCUUGGCAUAUCUCGCUUCCCCCCCUGAGUCAACCUCGUGGCGAGGCGAGUCGCCUCAUGGCUUCGUUGGACUCAGAUUGUUCAGCUGUGUCGGCCAUAUCGCACACAAACGGAGCGCGAUCUCUUGCACAUGCCCACCUCUGUAUGGCGGCUGCGUCUGCUCUCUCUGGACUGCUUCUCUCCCACCGGUUUGAUCAACACCUGGUCCUGUCUCAGUUAGCUAGCCAUCAACAGCGGCAGUUACUGAAGCUCCUGCACUCGCGCUUGCCCCACGCCUCGCGUCCGUUGACGCAGGAGAUGGCAGAUGAUGUUGCGCGUUCUCUUUCUCGACUUCACAGUCUGUUAGAAGGCAAAGAGACGCCCUCGGACGCCCGCGGCGACGAAGCCCCUGCCUCUUCGUCCGUCGAAACGGAACUGGAGGCGUCACAGACACCCUCUACUGCUGAUGCACCACGGUCGACGAAAAAACGGAAACAGGAGACCAGUCACGUCCCGGUACGGCGGAAGGCAGGCAGUGGGGCGGGCCCCGAACCGGAUGCUCCCCUGUUGCGAUCAUCAGACGCGACUGGCUUUCAGGAUUCGUCGCACACGGCGAACGCCGGAGAGAACGCGAAUGGGGUGUCCCCCGCUCUUGUCUCGAGCAUCCUGCGCCUCUACACGCAACUCUUUCUUGCGAGCACGGUGUCUGGGGUGGGCGACGAGCGGCCCACACCGAAAGGAGACACCCGAUCUGCUCGGGGCGGGGCGGGAGAGCAAGCGCCUCUUUCUCUCGUCUUGCCCGAGUCCGUGACAGGAGACUUAUGGGGUGAAGCUCUCCCGUCCCCUCUCAAGAGAGGACAAACGUAUUUCGUUCAGAACCUUCUUCUUCGCCACUACCGAAACGUUAUUCAAGUGCUUCGCUAUGCCGCGUCCGCUCUCUUUGUCUUUGGAGACACGCCCUGCCUUUUAGAGCCUCCCGCUGACGCACCUCUCUCCGCAGCGGUGAAGACCAUUCGCGCAGCCUCUCUCGCAUGUUCUCCGUGUCCGUCCGUUGCAAAGGACAGUUUCUGUCACGCGACGAAAGCGGAGCAGCAGGGCCAGAGCCCGUGUCGGACGACAGAGGCUGGACCGACAGAACACAGAGGCUCUUGUGACAGCAAGACGAAGUGGCCUUCGACAGUGGGGCCUGACUUCCGGUGUGGGGUCUGCGCAAGUGUAGAGUCCUUCGUCAAGGUCAAGAUGCGUCGCUGGCUGCAGGAGGAGCUUCAGCAUGACUUCGCGCGAGUGAUGCGACACGAGGAGACGGGAAGGCGACAGGGAGCGGGAAGGAGCACCAACCGGUCAAGAUUCAGCAGAGACCGACACGAACACAGACUGAAGAUGAGGGAAAUUCGAACUCUAGCAAAGAGCGCGGUGGCAUCUCUGUGUCUGUGUGAACUCUUCCUGCCUGCUUCGUUUUUCCCGUCUGUGCUUUUCAACAUAUUCCGGACUUCCGGCUUGUCAGAAAUGACAGCUAUCCAGAGGAACUGCAUGCGCGUGCUGCCCAUCUCAGACAGCGCCUUCCACACUCUGGCACGAGCACAGGACCUUUGUGUGAGACAGAAGGGAACGCCGAGCUUGUCCGUGCCUCUUCUCGCGUCAAUCCAGGAUCGCAGGCUCGUCGCCAGUGAAUGCGGAAGACAAGAGCGAUUGUCUUCCCUGACUUCUUCCGCGUACCCACAUGGUCGCCCUUCUUCUGUCGCCAGUGCCGCAGCGCUUGGCUCUGAGAUGUUGUCAGACAGCGACUUCCAAAACGCUUCUCAGAAAGAAGGCUGCGUGUCGCAUCCGUCUCUUCAGGGGUCAGUGGAGGAACGAUCUGUCGUCAACCAGAAGAAGGGACAGAGUGCACCGUUUGUUCCCCAGUCGGGUCUUGGCGGCGCUACGGCGUGCUCGACAGAGGACGAGGCAGAGAGAAAGACCGUGAAGGCAGAAACCCGGCGACAGCAGCUGUUCUGCGUCGACGCCUUGGGCCGUGCUUCUGUUCUCACAGUUUCUCUCCUGCUGGUUCCGUCCAGGAUUUUGGAGAGAAGGAGCGACUGUACGGAAAGGACUCGAAUACGAGACGGCAUUCGUGCACUGGACCUGAGGCCGGAGCAUCGCAGUGGAGGGAUGGAUUCGGAAACAAUUUGUAACCAAGUUGGGAAGUUGUUGACAGCCGAUGCAGAAAGGGAGGCGGAAGACGACGGGCAGGGAGACGCACGGAUCAUUCUGUGCCCCUCGGUAGAUGCAAAAAACGAUGGGCUCCUGGAGCGUGCGCUCCUCAAAGAGAAAUGUGGAGCGUGUUGCGGAUUGGCUUCGGGGAAUGGCGAGUUCACCAGACCCCCGCGUCCCCGAGGUCCUGUCGCGCAGGCAGGCAAUGAGGAACACACGUGCUCGCGCCAAGUGGCGGAUUCGCCGAAAAAGGGAACCGCGCCUGAAGAGGAUCCCCGUUCCGAGACCGGCACUGCCAGCGGUGGGACCAACAGUCGAAAUCGCAAUGGACGGAAGGGGAAACUUCAGGAGAGAAGAACGCCCAAAGGGCAGAAGAGGAGGCGAGCUGGGACAGCCGACGCAACCAGUACAUCGCCACAAGGAAAUCUGUGGGAUACUGAGAAGUCGAAGGAGAAAAGCUGUGAGAAAACGGCGAACGCAUUUCUCGACCGACUGCCUAUUCUGCCUGCGUGGCGGUUUCCUCCUCGUUCUGUUGACUCGAACGCGUCGUUCCUCAUGUCCACUCCUUCGUCGACUGAACUCACAACACCGUGUACGACGAAUUCAACCCCUGGAGAUUCUCACGCUGGCUCGUCUCUCCCCACGACAUCUUUGUCUACGUCUCUCCCUUCGCCACAACCGUCAGGAUCUAAGCCCCUGCUGGCUUUUGCGUUGCCUGACGCGCCGGGUGGUCCACGACCUCCGCCGCCUCUCCUUUUAUCAGCCGCGCCUAUCCUUCCGUCCCACCCGUCACCGCCUUUUCUGCCGCAUGCCAUGGCGCGACCGUUUUCUGUCACCUCGCUAGCUCCGCUGUAUGCCGGGUCCUUUGCUGCUGGGACCGUCUACGGCAGGAAAGCGGCAGUCCACAUGAAGGUGCCUAGCGGUGGGGUGAGUGCUCUAGGCGGCAGGAAGGGGCGAGACGAACGAAGGGAAACCGUGUUUUCGGACUGGCUGACGGAAGACGAAGACGACGACCUACCCAGCGACGACGAAGACGAUGAAGAAACGCGAGGCAGUGGCUGA